AAACAUGCUAUGAUUUAGCAUUUAUAGAAAACUAUGUGGUAGAUUUUAAAAUUUGUCGGGUGAUCCACACACAUACAUUAGUAGAUGCUGUACAUGAAGCUAGUUUUCAAUUAUAACCAAACAACUUUUUAGUUAAACCUUAAAUUAGGGAAAAUCUUUUUGUUUUUUGUUUUUUCGUGACUAUAGCAACAUUGUUAGUAUAUAUACACUAUUUCAUGCUCUCCAUAUUUACACCCUCAAGUCUCUAGCACAAAAUCCCCAAUGAUUCUUCUAUUCUUCAUAUUUCUUCUCAUAAUCUUCAUCUAUGUCUUCCGCAAAACAACAAAAUCAAAGCUCCCGCCGGGUCCCCCGCGCCUGCCGUUGGUCGGAAACCUCCACCAACUAGCCACCGCGGGCAAUCUACACUAUUACCUAUGGCGCCUCUCCAAGAAAUACAACUCUCCUAUCAUUCACAUGAAAUUAGGCUCUCUUCCAGUAAUUGUUGUUUCCUCACCAAAAUUGGCAAAAGAAGUGCUCCAAACUCAAGAUUUGGCAUUUUGUAGCAGACCAAAAUCCAUUGUUAUGCAAAAACUGACGUAUCAAUACUCAGAUAUUGUCUUCUCACCAUACAACGAUUAUUGGAGAGAGAUGAGAAAAAUGGCAUCCAUUCAUCUCUUCAGCCCCAAAAAGAUUCAAUCCUUUCGCCCCAUUCGCGAACACGAAAUAUCUCUUAUGAUCGCCAAGAUCUCCAAAGCUGCUUCCUCGCAUGAGGUUGUGAAUUUGAGUGAGAUCGAGACGGCUCUCAGCUGCAGUUUGAUAUGCAGAAUUGCUUUCGGUAAGAGAUACGAUGAUGACGGAUCCAAAAUGAGGCGAUUCAAAAAUCUUCUAGAAGAAUUAGUGUCGAUCACGCUCGCUUUCUUUGUGUCUGAUUACUUUCCUGCACUCGGUUGGGUGGAUAAACUCAUUGGAUCGACGAAGAGACUCGAUACGAUUUUUGAUAAUCACGAUUCAUUCUACCAGGAGCUUAUCGACGAGCGUCUCGAUCCGAGGAGGGCGACGAAGGAGGAGGAAGAGGAAGAUUUUCUUGAUACUUUGAUCAAACUUAAAGAAGACAAGUCUUGUCCCAUUCAUCUCAAUUGGAAUUGCAUCAAAGCGCUACUAAUGGACAUAUUUGUAGCUGGUGCAGAGACAAGUUCCACGGCAAUUAUUUGGGCUAUGACAGCACUGAUCAAAGCUCCUAACGUCAUGAAAAAAUUACAAGCAGAAAUUAGAAGUUUGAUAGGCAAAAGAGGCAAAGUAGAUGAAGAUGAUCUGCCCAAACUUCCUUAUCUAAAAGCAGUCAUUAUGGAGUCUUUCCGCCUAUAUCCUUCCGCCCCACUUCUUGUACCAAGAGAAACAACAAAAGAGGGCAUUCUACAUGGCUAUGAAAUUCAACCCAAAACAAUUGUGUAUGUUAAUGCAUGGGCAAUCUCAAGAGAUUCCGAGUACUGGGAAAAUCCAGACGAGUUUAUGCCUGAGAGGUUCUUGAAUAGCAGUAUUGACUUAAAAGGAAAAGAUUUUGGGCUCAUUCCUUUUGGGUCUGGCCGAAGAAUCUGCCCCGGUAUAAUUAUGGGGCUUGUAAAUGUGGAGCUUAGUGUUGCAAAUUUGCUCUAUAGUUUUGAUUGGGAAUUGCCGUUGGGGAUCCGAGAAGAAGAUGUGGAUACAACUCCAAUGCCUGGACUCGCAAUGGCCAAGAAAAACGCACUUGUACUUGUUCCUCAUAAAUAUGGCAGUGUUUAGGAAAUUAUCACGUGUUUUUCUGUUCGGGUUCGUUUGGUAUGCAGUAUGGAAUAAAAUAUGAUAUG